CGUUACGUUUCCACAACUACACAACUCACCAAAGUUGAAAUGAGUGAGUCUAUCAUCUGAGGAUCCUUAGCUUUGGAAACAAACUCUGUCACCAGGAUUUAGUCCAGUUUCGCUCUGGAGCCCUGAUGAGUCGGCCACCAUGGAGCCUGGGCUUGCGUGGCCUGCUUUAUUCUUCCUCUUUGCUUCUUUUGGGAGGUGGGCUUGUUCAUCGCCCCGCUCAGCUGUGGUACCCAAGCUAAGCCGAGAGGGGGGAGUUACAUAAAACCUCCCUGUGACCUGUUUGCACACACCAGCCUGGUUAACCCCGGGCAGAAUGACAGUGACAGCUGCCUUGCAACAAACAGAGGGAGUGAAGGGUUCAGUUCCGCAGCCGCCGCCGCAGGGACGAGUAUAUCAUUACAGCCCGGGGCUCCGAGAGACACCAUCUAACCUCACCGCCUGUCCCGCGUCUCCUCUAGGACAUCUGACCCAGACCCUCCGGGAGCUUCCUCCGCCCGUGACUGCCCGCCGGCCUGUCCUCACCUCCGCCUGCGCUCCAGGCCCGCGCCAGCCAGGCUUUCAGCAGCUGGGGUAGGACUCAUCCCAGCCUUUGAGCCCCAGGGGGAGAGGGGGGAGGGAAAACACAUGGGGGCCAGGCAGUCCAGGGCCGGUUGCAAGGACAAGGGCCCCGGGAGGAUGGGCUGCCUGCGGAGGAGGCAGAAGUUGUCUGCCUGGGAUGAUGCCCUGCUCUCGGGAAGGGACCCCCGGGCCCUGCUGAAGCGGGGCCUGCGCCACAUCAGCUUCAGCCUGGUCACCAAGGGGAUGACGGACAUCCCCGACUUCCUGUGGGGCUUGUCCGAGGUCCAGAGGCUCAAUCUGUCUCACAACCAGCUGCGGGUUCUGCCCCCCGAGGUGGGCCGGCUGAGCCGGCUGGUGGUGCUGAACCUGUGCGGGAACCACCUGAAGAGCCUGCCCGCGGAGAUCAGCCUCCUGCAGGGCCUGAAGGUGCUGUUCCUGAGCCUGAACCGCCUGAGCGAGCUGCCGGCCGAGCUGGGCGCCUGCAGGAGCCUGGAGGUCCUGAGCGUGUCCCACAACCGCCUCUCCCAGCUGCCCGCCAGCUUCGCCGACCUCUCCCGGCUGCGGAAGCUGAACCUCAGCAACAACUGCUUUGCUCACAUCCCCGUCUGCGUGUUUGCUCUGAAGGAGCUGGAUUUCCUGCACGUGGGCUCCAAUCGCCUGGAGAACAUCGCCGAGAGCAUCCAGUGCCUGGGCAGCCUUCAGAUCUUCAUCGCGGAGAACAACAGCAUCCACUCCUUCCCGCGCUCGCUCUGCCUCCUCGCCAGCCUGGAGGUGCUGAACUUGAACGACAACGACAUCCAGACCCUCCCGGAGGAGCUCUGCCUGCUGUGCAGACUGGGGAGGAUCGCUUGGAACCCCAUGGACAAAGGGCUCCACAUUUCCCAUAACCCCUUAGCCAAGCCUCUGCCCGAGCUGGUGGAGGGGGGCCUGGAGAUGCUGGUCAGCUACCUGAAGGACAAAAAGCACAGCUGAGUGGCCGCGGAGGCGGGAACAGCAGCCAGCUCGCCCGGACUCUGCCCACGGGGUACUUCUCUAGUCCCAGCUUUCUCCUCUUACUGUUGGGUUGGUCAAGGCGUGUGUUAAUAUUUGCUCAAUUGUAGUUGAGUGGCAUUCUAGGCAGGGGUUUCUAGGCAGGGGUUUGCUUUGAACUCUGCAUGUUCCUAAUAACCUCCAAAAUAUGGUCAUAUCAUUCUAAAUAUAAAUGGAAACAGGACUUCGGUUUUCUCCGAAGAGAAAUAAUUGCUCUAAUUUUCCUGAGGAGCAAUGGGACUCGGCCCUUGGAAUAAUGGUCAGCAGGUCUGAUUCGAUGGAAUCCAAAAGUUAAAUAUUUACUAAGUAUGUGCCAAGGAUGGUGUGAGGCAUUGGCAACAUCUGGUGUCAACCCUUGAAUUGGCAACCGGAGGCCAGGUAGCAACAGCAAGACACGCUCCUGCACCAGCCUGGACCAAGCCUUACUUGGGACCAAAGGGCCAGCUGGAGCCCUGUCCUUCUGGUGAUGACCAAGUUCGGCAGAGCUUUCCCCUCGAGUUCAGGGGGGAACAAUCAGGGGAAACGUGUCUCUAAAAUGCCUGUAGAGUAACAAUCAAGCUGCUCAGGUUUGCGUGUGGUGCUGAGUGACUGGCUCAU